GAAAUGCUUUCCAGUCCCAGGCAGUGGUGGUAGAGGGCGUGGCGGUGUGCAGUGGUGUGACAAGCGGUGGUUAGUGUGGUGACCAUUGCAUUGUUUGUGUCCUGUGCCAGGUGACCACCACUGGAGGUUCCAGUCUCUAUCACCACACAUCAAGAAUUCAGUAUUUGUGUUGAGAUGGGGGAUCACUAAAACUCAGUGGAUAAUGUUAUGAGAAAUGAGUCGACCGAUUGAUUCUCCAACUGGCCUGACUGAAUUUGGUCCACUAACACCAGAUGAAAAACCACAAGGAUAUGGAUUCUCUUUAUCUAAGUUGUUCCAAAGAGCAGUUCGAGGAGGAUCAGGGACACCAUCCAAAUCUAGCAGUCCCUCAGAACAGCAGAAGCAGACUCACCAUGAUCAGUCCAGGAACAGGAGUGGAUCUGACCAGCUGUCUCUGCAAUGUUCAGAUAAUCACAGUGAUGGAGGGCCAAGUUGGCUAGAAAAGGAUGUGAGUGAGGCAAGUCAUAUGAGAGAUGCAUCUGCUUCCUCCCAAGAGUCCUCUCUUGGUAGCAAGUCUGGUGCAGCAGCCUCGUCUCACCAUGACCGAACACUCCCUAAUGUACUCACCAGGAUAAGAAACAUUCUGGACAACCGUGGAUCUACUCCACAACAGUAUAAGGACUCAGACUUCAAGCAGUACUGGCUGCCAGACAGUGUGAGUCGGGAAUGCUACGAGUGCGAGGAAAAGUUCACUACAUUUCGUAGAAGGCACCACUGUAGAGUGUGUGGCCAGAUAUUCUGUUCAAGAUGUUGUAAUAGCAUGAUACCAGGGAAAAUCAUUGGAUAUACUGGUGAAUUGCGAGUGUGCACCUACUGCUGUAAAGUAGUUCUGUCUUACCUUCAAUCCAGCAACUUGGCUGCUGAUGUACUCGCAGACCUCCGGUCUCUUCAGGAGGAGCUCUUGCCUCCUCUGCUCAGCCAGUUUUCAGGUGCAGGUAUUCAUGAAUCAGCAUUAUACACCUCUUCUGCUUUAAACACACCUUUAACUACACCAAGAGGACAUCAUCGAAGGAGGCAUUCUCUUGGAUUCCAGGAAGAAAAAUAUGUUGGAAGAACCAGGUAUGCCAGUGGAGAAUUGCAAGCUUUUGGAGUUCACCGUGAUAGUGGCCAGAUUACUGCUGAACGGCAGUUGCUGCUCCAAGACUCCCACCAGCUGCACUCUCUGUGGUCACAGAUGACAGCAGCAACAGGGGGACUACCACUUGGCUCACACAGACACAGACUCAAGUCCUUCAAUAACUGUUUUGUUGGAAGGGAUCUUGUGCGCUGGCUACUUGUUAAUGACAAAGCCUCAAGCCAAGCUUCAGCAGUAGCAAUAGGACAAGCCCUGUUAGAAGCAGGAUAUAUCUUGUGCAUCUCACAGCUGGAACAAGUGUUUGUUGAUGACUAUGUAUUGUACCGUCCUUUACGUCAGGGCAGUGGAGAUCAGGAAAGGGUUGUCCAAGAGGACUCAGUUUCUUCACAAGAAGUUGGACAAGAGCCCCUGUGGGUGAAGCAGAUCCCUUGUGUCACUGAAGAUCCUGAGUGUCCUAGUGAGUCUAUUGGUGGACCAUCUGUAUACCAGGAGCCAGGACACACCGUAGAGACUCCAACCUCCAUCACAUCAUCCACAUCCAAUUAUUGUUUGGACUUCAACCUGCAGGAUCAUGUUGUAUCCAUAAGAAAGCCACAGAACACAACCAGCAGACACAGUAGCAUGGGAAGUGACAAGGUAGACAGCAAGACAUCUCCAGAAGCUAACUCAGCACCUUACUCAACCACAGUGUCUGCUGCGCUCAGUGCCAGUGCUCAGCUUAGUCAACCAGGAGAUGUCCUGGGAACACCUGCUGCUGUGAUGGCUGAAGUUUUACAGGCACUACGAGACAAUGAUGGAGCCCAACUUCAAACAGGAUUGGGAAACCAGGAGAAAAAUAAUGUCACACAGGAUAUAGAAGAUGCCUUGAUCAAACAGAGGCUCAGUUCUUUAUGGGAAUCUCAUGAGAGAGCACUGUUGUGUCAGCUGUUGGACUCUGGAGGUCUGUCUCCCUCAUGGGCUGAUGUGAUCCUUCCUAUUGUCCACACAGUCACCGAUAUUAUCCGUCCAGAUGUGAGGAAUGACAGUGAUGACAUGGACAUCAGACAGUAUGUGCAGUUUAAGAAAGUUCCUGGAGGCAAUAGAAGUGACUGUCAGAUACUAAAUGGAGCUGUGUGCACUAAGAAUGUGGCUGACAAGUCUAUGGCUGUGAGACUGACAGACCCUCAAAUCCUGCUGGUUGCCUCUACCAUAGAUUACCAGAGGGGCAAUGACAACAAGCUGCUCUCCUUUGACAACCUUCUCCUUCAGGAAGCAAAUUACCUCCAGAAUGUUGUGGCAAAAAUUGUCUCUUACAAACCAGGUAUCAUUCUGGUUGAGAAGAGCAUUGCAUUUCUAGCAAGAAAGUAUUUACAGGCCCAUGGUAUCACUCUGGUUAUGAAUGUUAAGCCCUCAGUGAUGGAAAGGGUGGCCAGAUGCACACAGGCUGAAGUGGUUUCCUCCAUUGAUGCUCAGUUGACAAGGCCAACGUUAGGAAUGUGCCACAACUUCUACCUGCGAUCAUAUCCAAUUGGUGGGCCAGGCAGAUCAAAAACAUUGAUGUUCUUCGAUGGAUGUGCCACUCAUCUAGGAUGUACAGUGAUUCUUCGUGGUGCUUCAAAUGCUGAAUUAAAACGUGUCAAGAAGAUAAUGAACUUUAUGAUAUAUGCAGCAUACAAUUGGAAACUUGAACGUGCCUUUUUGAAAGAUGAGUUUACCUAUAUUGCUCCUCUUCCCUCAGAGAGCUUUGAUUUAGAGGAUCAAGUCUUUGAGGAUUGUGAUAGUGCUCCAGGAAAGAUACAAAGUUUAGGGGAGGAUUCUGUUGCCCCAAACAAUGAUAUUGAAAUAAAUCCUAACUUGGAAGACAAUUCUGCAUAUAACAAGGACUCAUGUUUAUACCCUCAUGUAAUGGAUAUUUCAAAGGAUGAGGAUGUGGAAAAAAAUUUGGAAAAUACCUCUUGUGGAGUACCAGUACCAACAGCUGGUGCUUUGGAAAGGGCCAAGGUGUCUCAAACAGUCAGUGAUUUCAGUGAUCCUUUGCACUCCUACCUUAACUCAGGUGCCUCUCCUCAAGAAAGUCCCCUUGAGCCACCUCAGGGAUCAUUCUCAUUAACAGAACAGCCCCUUGCUAACAGCUUCAGGAAGGCUGUUGAUGAGACCAUAUUAUCUUGCUCACCAUACCUGCGGUACAGUGUUCCAUAUUUGGAAUCUGAAGUAGGACAGAACUGUUUUCUUCGCAAGUAUUUCCAGAAGGAUUUAUAUUUUUCUGUGCAGUUUGAAAAGGAUAAUCUCAUGAGGCGUCCAAAGUUCUCAGAAAUGGAACCAAAACAUACAGGAAAUAGUAAUAACAUCAAAAUUCAAGAUUUGCACAAUUUUAUUAAACUUAAAUUAACAAAUGGAGUGCAAGAUAAAAAUUUUCAGGCUGUGCUGGCAGAUUUUAGAGCUCGUGGUGGCCAGAUGAGAAACAUUUGCAGAUGUGAAGACACUGCAGGUGACUUUAUAUAUAAUGAGUAUCUGAACAUCUCUGUGGAAAGACCGAGCAAUGGUCUUGUAAUUGUAGAGGGUCUUCCUUCUGUGACUUCAGGUCAGAAUGCUGAAGGAGGAAGCAGCAAUGUCAGUAAGGCAAAUAGCAACAGUUUGUGGAGUGGACAGAGUGCUCUGAUGCUUACUGCAAAUGGUCGUGUGGAUGCCCUUCAUCCUUUUAAUCACCAGCGGCUCUCACUUCUCUUCAGCAGCUAUUCCCAGUUGCCUGAAUCGGGAUCUCCUCCAGCCUUUUGUGUUAAUCCUUGGGUGCUGACAAUGGACUUCUAUGGAAGGAAUGAUAUACCUCUUGGUGCCUUCCUGGAACGCUACUGCUUCAGCCCAACGUACACCUGCCCCUCAGGCCAGUGCUCGGUGCCUGUGCUAGAUCACAUCCGCAAGUUUGUGCAUGACACCGGCUGUGUGGAUGUGGUGUUGCGAAACCUUGACACUGACCUGGAUGUGGCCAAUACUGGCUCAAUCCUUGUAUGGAGCUGGUGUAAAGUCUGUAGACAGGUGACUCCGGUUCAGCCAAUGUCACUGGAGACCUGGUCCUUGUCCUUUGCCAAGUACCUGGAGCUGCGUUUCUAUGGUGGUAGCUUUACAAGGCGAGGAAAUCCUGGUUGCUGCCACUCAUUGCACCAUGACCACUAUCAGUACUUCGGUUACAAGAACCAUGUUGCAGUAUUCAAGUAUAAUGCCAUAAUACUACGAGAAAUUGCUCUCCCUCCAUCCAAAAUUAAGCUUUGCAAUCCACCCAUUAGUCAGGCCUCCAUUGUAGAACUCAUCAAGGGAGUGGCAGUGCAGGGCUACUCAGUUUUUUCUACAAUUCUUGAGAAAGUGACAACUCUAAUAUCAGAAUGUGGCAGCCGUUGGCAGCCUCUCAUAAUAGAAAUCAGUGAGCACCAGAACAGUCAACGCAGCAAAUUCAGAGAAAACAUUGAAAGCAUUCAGUUACAGCUCACCUCCCCAACCCUGGAGGCUCGCCGUCUGCUUCUCCCAACACCCAGCACCAAUGCAGAACUGAGCACAACAAUGCUGGCCAUCACUGACCAGGUUAUCCUGCUGAAGAAACUCAUUGCUCAGGUUGUCAAUGAAUGGAAUAUGAAGGUCCAAGAUUUGGUGCAGCUUCGUAAAAAAGAAGAAAAACUAGAGAAAGCCAAAACCCUUGCCUCUGGUGGUGGAGGGGGAAUGCUGCCUCGUCAGUCUACAAGUACUUCAAUGUCAACUUCAUCUGCUUUGUCUGCACAUACAACUACUUCAAGUGGAGAAAUGCAUAGUGCUGUAUCUCAUAAGCAGAGUGGUGAUUCAGCAUCUGUGGCAUCUUCAGCAGCCUUGACUGGAUUGUCAACUGAAUCUCUAAGUAUUUCAGCAUCCCUUGGUGAGGUUCCAGAUCAAAACCCUCAGAAAAGUAGUUCUGUUGAUGUUGGUGAAGAUGUAGCUGAUGAUGCAGAAAUGGUGGAAGCUUCUUCUAGCCCACAGUCUAAUGAUGCACAAAAACCUCUAGGAAUAGUAUAUGUGACGCCUUCUGCUGAGUGCCUGAUGGAGGAGAGGGACCACAUCCUUCAGGCCUUGGCUGCUCUCACUGCCUGCACCAAAACAACAGCCAAGACAGGUCAUAGUGUUCAGUCCCUGUCAUCAGUGUCAAGUGAUGUCCUUCAGAGCAUGGAAACAGAGGGUGAUGUGGGUGGGGGCCUCCAGGCAAUCAUUCCCCACCAACUCUCAGAUGCAUUCUCUGUGGUCCACCGCCGUCAAGCUUCAGAUUCUUGUGAAGGAUUAGUAAGUGGUUGCUCACCCACCUCGGGGUCCCCCGGGAGAGGCCAUGAGAGGUCCUUAUCUGAUGGGGGACAGGCCACUGUAGUGAGAGAUAAUGUUGAUCGUGCAGGAGAGAGACGUUUGCCCACUACUGCUGUAAAGAACAUCAUCUCCACCUUCUGGUCAACAUCUGCUACUUUAUUAGUUGAGUCACCUUUCCCAGCUAGUGAACAUUAUGUGCUACUACCAGAAGUGAAAAUUCCAGUAGUUGUGUACGGUGAGGAGCCAUCUUCUAUAAUUGCACAUGCUCUGACAUCACAGGAGUAUGAGAAACAGCUAAAUAUUCUCAAGAAAAGGCUGAAAGACAUGCAGAAAGAGGGAACAAAUCAAAGAAGUGUGGACCUUCAGCAGGCAAGUGAGGGAGGAUUAGAGAGCACCUCCCAUGAAGAUACAGAUUUUUGUUUGUCAGCUGCUGCUGAUCCAGAAAAAUAUAAGUUAGCCAAGGAUCUCCACAUAGAACUUCAGUGGAAUGACCAACAUGCAAAAUUCUAUUGCAAGAUUUUCUUUGCUGAACAUUUCCGACAGCUAAGAAAAAUGGUAUUUCCUUAUGGUGAAGAGUACUUCAUCCGCUGUCUCUCACGCUGCAUUCUGUGGGAGGCUCGAGGGGGCAAGUCUGGGUCAGUCUUCUGCAAAUCAAAAGAUGAUCGGUUCAUUCUUAAGGAGAUGUCGCGAUUUGAGAUGAGUUCUUUUCUUGAUUUUGGACAAGCAUAUGUUCAGUACAUUGUGAACUGUGAAAAGGAACAGCAGCCAACAGUCCUGACCAGAAUAGUAGGUGUUUACCGUAUUGGAUACAAAAACACCACUACAAACAAGGCCCAGCGAAUGGAUGUCUUGGUCAUGGAAAAUUUGUUCUACCAACGCAACAUCACACAUAAAUUUGACUUGAAGGGAUCAAUUAGGAACAGGCUUGUAAACACAUCUGGUAAAGAGGAAUCAGAACUGGUGCUGCUGGAUGAAAACUUGGUGAGGAUGGCAUGUUCCUCUCCACUGUAUGUGAGACCUCAUAGCAAGACAGUGAUAAACAGAGCCAUCAAGGCAGACACUGUGUUCCUGUCACAGCAGCUCAUAAUGGACUACUCCCUUCUUGUUGGCAUUGAUGACACAGCCAAUGAACUUAUUGUUGGAAUCAUUGAUUACAUCCGCACAUUUACCUGGGACAAGAAGUUGGAGACCAUUAUCAAGGGCAGCAUGCUAGGGGGAGGGGCUGGCAAGCUGCCCACUGUGGUUUCCCCAGAAGUUUACCGCACCCGCUUCUGUCAUGCAAUGGACCGUUACUUCUUGCUCUCGCCUGACAGAUGGACAGGACUUGGGCUUGGGGUUGACCCCUAACUUGGUGUCUACCAUGGAUGAUUAUGAUAUCUGUAUGGUAACUAUGGAAUACCUUGAUGUUUUACUGAUCAUAUAGAUUAAUAUAUUCUCUAAGUACUAUUUCUAAAAUAUUUAUUUUGCAUUUAUUUAUCACCUCUAGUAAAUAUUCAUUCCUUUACCAAAGAGUUGUGCAUCAUCCUUCCAGUAAGUAGAGCCAGUCUGUUAUGUCAAUACUUUAAGGAUUAAAUACAGAAAAUGUAAGCUUUAUAUUAUCUGGUUUUGAGGCAGUGUACAAAUAUUGAUUUACUGAAAAUAGUGCUUAAUAUUGGAUUUUAGCUCUAAAGUUCAUUAUUAAUGUACAUAUUUGAUAGAUAUAUCUUGACAAUUCCAUGCAUAUGUUGAAUAAUAUACUUGUAAGGUCUUUAGUCCUAGAAAUUUGAAAAAUUAAAUUACCAUUGUAAAUUUCAUGUAAAUACCAAGUUUUUACCCAUAUAUUUCUUAUACAUUAAUUAUAGUUGAAAUUUAGUGUCAGUUAACCCCCAAAGAAUGGGUGUUUGUACCCUGUGGCUGUUCACUGGGCUUAAGACUCCUCUUAAGAUAGUCCUUUUAAAUGAUCACUAAAAAAUAUUAAGCUUGAAGCAUAUUUUCAUAUAUAAAAAGAUCCAUAUUUCUGUUUACCAGAAAAACUAAAUCUGUAGGAAUCUGAUGAACAUGAGCUAAACAGUGAUAUGUAUAAAUGAGUAGUGCAAAGCCUAUGCAAUCUGAGAAGUGAAAUGUUUUGUUUUUGAGUUGCAUCUCUAUCAUUUUGCCAUGUUAUCACAACACAUCUUUCUUCAGCUUGUAGGAGUAAAACUGGUGAGGUGACCAGGUCUAAGUGUAAAAGUUGCAAGAUUGUUAAAAACGCAGAUUUACGAAUGUGGUCCUCUUUCAAAAUCGUAUUUACAUCCAACUCAUUACGGCCUGUCAUAACACAUGCCCUGCUUUCUGAGUUAGGGACUGCACACCCAUCCUUUUCAAAGGCUUAUUUUUUUAUAAUCGACACUGUUUUAUAUCAAGGGAGUAUGACAAUUUUGGGUUGAGUGUGUUUUAAAAUUAUAGUGUUUCAUGUGUAAUGCAAACCUAUUAGGUGAAGCUCAUUGAGUUUUAUAAUGGUCAUUUUAACACUGUUUGGAUGUGAAAGCUCAUGUCCCCCAAAAAACACAGAUGAAAUGCAGCAAAAUAUAUAAUUAUUACAGCAACAUAUGUAAACAUAAUGUCAAGAUAUAUAAUUGUAGUCUUGGCAACAACAGUGACAGAUUCUCUCUCUCUCUCUCUCUCUCUCUCUCUCUCUCUCUCUCUCUCUCUCUCUCUCUCUCUCUCUCUCUCUCUCUCUCUCUCUCUCAUUUUAUUAUUUGUUUUCAUAUGAACUUGCAAAAACAGAGGCAAGUAGCUGUUGAAUGACUGUCUAGUGUAAUGACUACAGUAUAUCUAUAAUGUUAAAUGAAUUUCAUGUUAACAAGCUUCAUGUUUUGCAAUACAAUAACAUCUGUACUUAGGAAGUUGCAUUCUUUCAGUAAUGGAUCACUUUUUUUUUUAUACCACUCCCUUUUAAUGCUGACCAGACCAUUGGUUAUAUGUAGCAUGAGAAGGAUGGUUAUCAGGAGUCGUCACUGUGGUAGUUAUGAUCUGUUUUGUUGGUGAAAAUGGUACCCACUCUGGGCUUGCCUCACUCAUAGAUCAGUUCUUUUAAAGCAGCAGCUGUUCUUUGGGGAUAAAGCCUCUUAAUUUAGCAAGUAAAGACAGCUGAAUCUUGGCAAGGUUAGAUAGGCAUGAAGUUCUAGGCAUGAAUAUUAUACUGCAAUUGAGGUCUGUUUCAUGUACAGCCAUCCCUUAACAUUUGUCACAGUUAGGCAACAGACUCACAGAUUUAAAAUCAGAUAUUUGGUGGCCUCCUUAGAAACAUCCUUGAACACUCCAUUUCCUUAUAAAAAUAAAGAAAACCCAUUCUGUAUGUUAACAACAUUUUAUUUUACAUUUAUGUACUGAACGCUAAAGAUGAUGGUUAAUAUUGGCUAGUCUCAUCACUAAACUCAUUCCAGUGUUCUUCAGCUCAUACACCAUUGUCACUGCUAACAGAACAAGUCUUUUGUAAUAAGUAGCAACCCUUACUGCAAUGUGCACUCACUCCCCAAUAAUCCUAGCUACACAAAUACACAGGUGUUAUUAACUUGGUAAUUAAAUUUAAGAAUGAAUUUUUAAAGGUGAAUAAACAGUUAAUUAGCUCAUUGAAUUAGGACCUGAUGCAUUUGAAGUAGCACAAAAAAUGCCAUUCCACUAAUGUAAUAUUGUUCUGCCAUUGUGAUUGCUGUGAACCACUCAACCAGACCAAAAAUUAUGGCUUGAAUCCUAAUCAACUGGCUUGAAGAAUUAAUUAUAUUUAUUCACUUUUAAAGUGAUAAAUAUUAACGGUCAUUUAAAAACAUUCCUUGCAGUCUUGGUGACUGGCUGUUACAGUUGGCAUAUGGGAAAGAGUCACCACCAGUGCCACUUCAUUAUAAAGAAACACUUUGUAACAUA